AUGGUGGAACGGAGUACCCGACCUUCCGAUAGUUUUCCAACAACCAAGCGAAGUUCCAAACCUAGCAUAUGGGAAGAUGAUCCCUGUAAGAGGCGAGCAAAGAACCUCGCUAAGAAAGAAAGCAUAUUUCAUGGUGAUCGACACCUAGAGAGCAAGACGAGAGAGAUGUUAAAUAAGAGUGGAUGGGGUAGCAAGUUCAGUUAUUCGGAUAGAAUCAGAACUACCGCAGGCUCAGGUCCAUCAAGGGGAAGUCGUACCACCUCAACCUCAUCUUCGAAAAAGAGUCAUAAGAGUACCGGUAAUGCUCGUGAUACGUCGUCAUAUGGUUUGGGAUCAGAUGAAGAACCUAGGUUACCCAUGCAUGGAAGAAUAGGAACGUUCUCUGGUCUUAUGACACCUAGGCAUCUGGAGAGAAGGAGGUUCUCGGAUGGUCAGAUUGGAAUUAUGAGUUGGAUAGCUUCGAGUGGACAUAAAUCGAGUCGUAUGAGGCGGCACUUGUAG